AUCAGAAUACGAGAGCCCAGAUUUGUGUAUAUAAUCUUGGUUCUUCUUAAUUACAGUACACAUUUCGUUCUUGAUAGAGCCCUGUGUUCCAUGGGCACUACUCGCAGUACAAGUAGGUAGUGUCUCGAUCACACCGCCGAUCUCGCCAAAUUCCAUUUCUACCCUCACCUGCUUCCCCAAGCUUCGUCUCCCCCAAAAACCAUCACCAGUGAGUACUCUCUCUCUCGCUCGCUCGCUCUAUAGAGAUACAGAAAUACAGAUACAGAGAUAUAUAGAGAUAUAAGAAAGGAUAAUUAUAAAUACAUAUAUGCAUGUGAGAGUUGGAUUUGUAUAGAGCUUAACACAAAAUGGGGCACAAGAAGCGAAACGCCGCUCCGCGUUCCAAACAGUCGCCGGCGGCGGUUGCGCCGAUUGUCGAUGGCGGAGACGCCGUGGUGUUGGCCCAGCCCGAUGCUGCUCCGCUCACUCUUGGCGACGCCGCGGAGUCCAAUAAUAGCCCUAACAGUCUGCUAGUCCUUCACAACAGCAAGAUCGAAUCCGCGCCGUCGAUUGAAUCGGGCGGUGGUGGUGGUGGUGGUGGUGUGGUGUUUGAUUCGGAGUCGUGCGCCGCCGCGAAGCUUGAAUGCGAGCGGGCGCUGACGGCGCUCCGCCGCGGGAACCACACGAAGGCGCUGCGGCUGAUGAAGGAGUCGUGCCAGCGGCACGAGAAUUCGGCUCGGUCGGCGCUGAUUCACCGAGUCCAGGGCACUGUGUGCGUCAAGGUCGCGGCGAUUAUCGACGACCCCACCGCGAAGCAGCGGCAUUUGAGGAACGCGGCGGAGUCAGCGCGGCGUGCGGUGGAGCUGUCACCGAACUCGAUUGAGUUCGCUCAUUUCUACGCCAAUUUGCUCUACGAGGCGGCCAACGACGGCAAGGAGUAUGAGGAAGUGGUGGCGGAGUGCGAGAGAGCUCUGGCGAUUGAGAAGCCUGUUGAUCCCGGCAGAGAGAGCUUGCAGGAGGAGAGCCAGCAGAAGCUUAACACCGCGGAGGCUCGAGUUAACCACGUGCAGAAUGAGCUCAGGCAGCUGAUUCAGAAGUCUAAUAUCGCCUCGAUUUCGACAUGGAUGAAGAAUUUGGGGAAUGGAGAAGAGAAGUUCAGGUUGAUUCCGAUUAGGAGGGUUACAGAGGACCCCAUGGAGGUGAGGCUGGUGCAGACUAGGAGGCCAAAUGAGAUUAAAAAGGCUACUAAGACGCCCGAGGAGAGACGGAAGGAGAUUGAAGUGAGGGUUGCAGCUGCCAGACUGUUGCAGCAGAAGUCUGGGGUGCCUCAGCUGAGCAAUGAGGGUGAGAAGAGUGACAGGGCAGUGGAUUCGCUGUCGGGGUCUGGUCAGAGAGGUAGUGAGAGAAGGAAGUUUGGGGGUUUGAGGAAGAACGGGUCAUCAUCGGAGAGGAAGGAUUGGGUUAGGUCGUAUUGGAAAUCAGUGAGUGUUGAUAUGAAGAAAGAGUUACUUAGGAUUAGAGUUAGUGAUCUUAAAGCCAAAUUUAGCUCGUCCAAGGAUGGUUUGGCAAAUGAUGUUUUAUCAGAAGCAUUGGCGUUUGCAGAGAGCCGUAGGAGUUGGAACUACUGGGUUUGUUGUAGGUGUAAUGAGAAGUUUGUGGAUUCGGAAUCACAUAUGCACCAUGUUAUAAAUGAACAUAUGGGAAGCCUUUUGCCGGAAAGGAAGUCAAUCUUGCCUCCAAAUGUUGACAAUGAAUGGAUUGAGAUGCUUCUUACUUGUUCUUGGAAACCGCUGGAUGUCUCUGCUGCUAUUAGGAUGCUCAGAGAUAAAAGAAAAUGCAAAGACUCUGAGUUUGUUGAGGAUUUCUACUCUGGUAAUCAUAGCAAGGACUGUGAGGAUUGUUUCAAGGAUGCUUGGGAUGAAUCGACUGAGAAGGAAAGUCUUGGAGACGGUCCUAGUAAUUGUACUGAUGAUGGAAAUAUUCCUGAGAAGGUUGGCCACAGUGAGUGUACAGAAUGUGAUGAGGACAACGGCUCUAUUGCUCUUUUUUCUCUACCAGGUGGUUGGCCGUUAUCUGAUGACCCCGAAUGUUUGAAGCUUCUCGAAAGAAUUCAUGGCUUAUUUGAGGUGCUUAUCAGGCAUAAAUAUCUUGCUGCUACUCAUCUUAAUAGGGUGAUACAAUUUACAAUUGAUGAGCUACAGGUGUCAGGUUCUGAGCUUCUUAACCAUGGUGUGGAGCAAACACCUAUGUGCAUUUGCUUCUUGGGAGCUACACAGCUUAGGAAAAUACUCAAAUUCUUGCAGGAUUUGUCGCAUGCUUGUGGUUUAGGUAGAUAUUCUGAGAAAAGUAGCAGUGUUAUGGAGGAUGGAAAUAACACAAAUCAGGGUGUUGAGUUGAUCAAAGAGAGGAUUGUUCUCAGCGCAGAUGCCUCCUGCCUUCUUCUGGACACCACUGAUUUUACAUGUAGUGCUGGGAAUGAAACCCUUACUGAUGGAACUGGGCUUCUCCCUGAUUCAGAUGCUCUGCUGUCCUGGAUAUUUGCAGGCCCAUCUAGUGCUGAACAAUUGACAUCCUGGAUGCAGACAAAAGAAGAGAAAACACAACAAGGAAUGGAAAUUCUCCAAAUGCUCGAAAAAGAAUUUUACCACCUGCAGAGUCUUUGUGAGAGAAAAUUUGAGCAUCUAAACUAUGAAGAAGCUUUGCAGGCUGUUGAGGAUCUCUGUGUUGAAGAAGGAAGGAAGAGAGAAAUUGCCACAGAAUUUUCCAAUCGUAGCUACGAGUCUGUGCUAAGGAAGAGGAAAGGAGAGCUUGAGAGAGAUAUUGAUAUGAUGUUCCCUGCAAAUAGGAUUGAGUUAGAUGCCAUAUCAAAUGUUUUGAGAGAAUCUGAAGCUUUGAACAUCAACCAGUUUGGGUAUGGCGAAACUUAUGGUGGUAUGAACUCUCAAUUAUGUGACUUGGAAUCUUGGGAAGAUGAUGAUUGGAGGGCCAAGGAUUAUGUGCAUCAGGUGGACACAUGUGUAGAAGUUGCAAUCCAGAGACAGAAAGAACAGUUAUAUGUAGAGCUUAGCAAAAUUGAUGCACGGAUUAUGCGAAAUGUUACUGAGAUGCGGCAAUUGGAAGUUAAGCUUGACCCCGUCUCUGCGCAUGAUUAUCGGUCAAUAAUCUUGCCUUUAGUGAAGUCCUACCUUAGGGCACAUUUGGAGGAUCUGGCUGAGAAAGACGCCACUGAAAAGUCGGAUGCUGCAAGGGAGGCUUUUUUGGCAGAACUUGCACUUGAUUCUAAGAAAGGUGUCAAAGGAGGAAAUGAUAAUUUGAGACACACACAGGAGAAAUCAAAGGAUAAGAAGAAGAAUAAGGAGUAUAGGAAAGCAAAAGAUACAAAGGGUAAUGGUGUUUCUGAAGAGCACAUGCAUCAUGAUGAAUCUACUGAGCGUUCCUCUCCAGUCGCAUCUUAUGGUGACCAUCCAGAUUCUGAAAUUGUUGUUUCUGUAAAUGGUGAUGACGUGAAGCAACAUGAAGAAGAAUCUAGACGUAGGAUUGAACUUGAAGAAGAGGAAAGAAAACUUGAAGAAACUUUGGAGUAUCAAAGACAAAUUGAGAACAAAGCUAAGCAGAAGCACCUUGCGGAACAAAGUAAGAAAUCUACUCAAACACAACCAGAGAAGGUGGCAGAGAAACUGCAGGUUGUUAACUUGGAGCCUUUUCCUAAUGAUCAAGAUAUGCACGAGCCACUUACGCCAUAUGUGCAGGAGCAGUUGGGACUGAAGACUGGAUCUCCUAACAAUCUAGAAGGCGUGCCCACUAACAUGGCCAAUGAUUCACCAGCUUUGGUAAAAUCAUCUAGUGUUUCUGGUCCUCAAAUGAUUAAUGGUGCACAAGAUAAGGUUCACCCAGGAAUACCAAAUGGAGGAAUUCUCGAGGAUGGUUAUCUGCCAUCUGAUCGACGGCCAAGGAAGAAUAGAAGGCAGAGGAGUUCCACCAAACUGCCUGACGGAAAGAGUCUAUCCUUGUCGUCUGAAAGGGAAAAUAUUGAAGUUGGGAGGUCAAAUGUUGAGGGUCAUUUAAGUAAACAAUCUCGAUCCUAUGACCAUCUCGUUGCAGACAGCAACAAGGGAACAACAGAAUUGAGACAGCAACAUGCAGAGGAAGAUGAUGAAGAAAGAUUCCAGGCCGACCUGAAAAAGGCUGUACGCCAAAGCCUUGACACAUUCCAAGAGCAGCGGAAAUUGCCUUUAGUUUCAUCUUCCAGGACACCCAAAAGAAUUUCUGCAGAUUUUGAUGAAGGUGGUGCUUUACAUGGUGACAUCAGAGUUGAAAAUGCAACUGAUAUUGAUGUCCUGGGUACUGGAUUAAAGAAUGAAGUUGGGGAGUACAAUUGCUUUCUCAAUGUUAUCAUACAGUCCUUAUGGCAUAUUAGACUGUUUCGAGAUGAGUUCCUGCAAAGAUCAACAUCAGAACAUGUUCAUGUGGGCCAUCCAUGUGUGAUCUGUGCAUUGUAUGAAAUAUUUACUGCCUUGAGUAAUGCAUCUACAGAUACGCGAAGAGAAGCUGUUGCACCUACUUCUUUGAGAAUAGCAUUAAGCAACUUAUAUCCAGAAAGUAAUUUUUUCCAAGAGGCUCAGAUGAAUGAUGCUUCUGAAGUUUUGGGAGUGAUAUUUGAAUGCCUUCACCGGUCAUAUACUCCUGAUUCGAGUGUUUCUGAUACUGAAUCUGUGGAAAGUAACUGCCUGGGGUCUUGGGAUUGUUCAAACAAUGCUUGUAUUGUGCACUCCAUGUUUGGAAUGAACAUUUUUGAACGAAUGAAUUGCUACAAUUGUGGUUUGGAGUCCAGGCAUCUCAAAUACACUUCUUUCUUUCAUAAUAUAAAUGCCAGUGCUCUACGAACUAUGAAGGUUAUGUGUGCAGAAAGCUCCUUUGAUGAGCUUUUGAAUCUUGUGGAGAUGAAUCAUCAGUUGGCCUGUGAUCCUGAGCCUGGUGGCUGUGGGAAGCUCAACUAUAUUCAUCACAUUCUUUCAACUCCACCACAUGUUUUCACAACAGUUAUGGGUUGGCAGAAUACGUGCGAGAGUGCUGAUGAUAUAAAAGCAACACUGGCAGCUUUAAAUACUGAGAUCGAUAUCAGUGUCCUUUACCGUGGUCUGGAUCCAAAGAGUACACAUAACUUGGUUUCUGUGGUUUGCUACUACGGGCAACAUUACCAUUGCUUUGCCUAUAGUCAUGAGCGCGAAUGCUGGGUUAUGUAUGAUGACAAUACUGUCAAGGUGAUUGGCGGGUGGGCUGAUGUACUUACCAUGUGUGAAAGAGGGCAUUUGCAACCACAACUUCUUUUCUUUGAAGCUGUAAACUAGACAUCCUGUGGGACUCGAUUUAGCAUCAGAAGGAGAGCAUUAAUGUUGUAUGUGUAUUAAGUCUUUAUCUAUGGUGAGGAAGCACUGAAUUCCUCUGUACCCUGCAGCGCGCUAGAAGUUUGCGAAGUCAGUUACAGUGGAAGUCCAGAGUUCUGGUGUAGAAUUAACAAAUUUUUUUUGAUAUGAUGAAGAAAAAUUUCUGAGCAACUGGUCCUCAUGGGAGAAACCAUGAUCUAAAGCAUGUAAGCAAUAAUCAUCAGCAGUCGGAGUAAUCAGAGAGUUUUAUCAUCAUGUGGUAUGUUUUCCUCCCUCCAAUAUAACCUCAGCAUUAUCAAGUGAUCUGGUUGAUGAGAAGCUGUCUGGGCCAUAUAAGCUCAUUUAAGGAGCUUAACAUAGCAAGAUGGCUGGCAUUUUGAUUUCUAGCAGUUCCUCAAACUCAGAGCAUGUAACAGUUAAGGGGGAAUAUAGGUUGUUGAAAUCGUAAUCUUGGCCGACGUUUUCUAUCUUUCAUGUUUUCCCCCCAAUUUUGAAAAGGGUUUUGUAUAGAUCACAUUAGGUCUUCUGGUCCUUGAACAGUAGAUUUGUUGCCUCAUUUUGACACUAAUGGGUUGAAAUGAAAAAUCUAGUUAUUUUAUUUUGCCCUCAUUUUGACA